AUGCAUCAACAGCGCCUUCGACAUACAAUGCUAUUUAUAAAACUUCCAUCACAUAUUAGCCUCAAUGUAAAGAACAGUCAUGUUACGUUUCGUGCCUUCGCCACAGCGGUACAGGGAGGACCAAUCAUCACUCCGAGCGCUAACAUACCUAAUUUUGCACCGCCGGCGUUUAACGAAAAAAAUGCUACCUUUGAAAUGAAAACAUACAAGCCUCGCACACCCGGAUUGCGUCACUUGAGAAGGCCGAUAAAUUUUCAUCUCUGGAAAGGAAGACCAUUUCUCCCUCUCACCUUCACCAAGAAAGGACACGGAAAAGGAGGUAGAAACAACACAGGACGUGUGACUGUUAGGCAUAUGGGAGGAGGUCAUAAAACUAGGAUCCGAACUGUAGAUUUUAAGCGUGCAACACCAGGUCCACAUACAGUUGAACGAAUCGAGCACGAUCCUGGUCGGAGUGCUCAUAUUGCCCUCCUCAAUGAGGAAGCCACAGGCCGUAAGAGCUACAUCCUAGCAGCCGAGGGUAUGAGAUCGGGAGAUGUAGUUCAAAGCUAUCUUGCAGGAAUUCCAAAAGACCUAUUGGAUAGUAUGGGAGGUGUAGUCGAUCCUGGUGUGCUGGCAGCUAAAACAGCCUGGAGAGGUAACUGCUUACCAUUACACAUGAUACCUGUCGGAACCAUUAUUUAUAACGUCGGGUCUCGAAAGGGCCAUGGUGCCGUAUUUUGUCGAAGUGCAGGUACUUAUGCAGUAAUUGUAUCUAAGAGCGACGAAACCAAGUCGGAUGGAAAGAAAUUUGUUGUGGUGCGUUUACAGAGUGGAGAAGUUCGACGUGUGAGCAGAGACGCUUGCGCAACUAUUGGAGUGGCUAGCAAUCCGCAUCAUCAGUACGCACAACUUGGCAAAGCUGGAAGAUCAAGAUGGUUAAAUAUAAGGCCAACUGUAAGAGGUGUUGCUAUGAAUGCUGCGGAUCACCCUCACGGUGGUGGACGAGGAAAGUCGAAAGGAAACGUGAACCCAGUGAGCCCAUGGGGGCUACCUGCUAAAGGAGGUUAUAAAACUCGCAGAGUUAGGAAUCCUAACAAGUGGGUUGUAGUGCCUAAGGUUAGAAAUCAGGGCAAGCGAAGAGAAUGUUAG